AUGGCUGCUCAAGUAAUCUCCAAUUCCGGACACGAUGAGAUGAUUCACGAUGCCGGCCUGGACUACUACGGCCGCAGAUUGGCAACAUGUUCAUCGGACAAAACGAUAAAGAUCUUUGAAAUCGAAGGAGAGACACAUCGGUUGAUUGAGACAUUGAAGGGACAUGAAGGAGCUGUGUGGUGUGUGGCUUGGGCGCACCCUAAGUUCGGAACUAUCCUCGCUUCCUCCUCGUACGAUGGAAAGGUGCUCAUCUGGCGCGAACAACACCAGAACGCCACGUCACCCGUCGCUGGCGGCGCUUGGACGAAGGUGUUCGACUUCUCUCUACACACCGCUUCAGUGAACAUGGUCUCCUGGGCUCCGCAUGAAAGUGGCUGUCUCCUCGCUUGCGCCUCCUCGGACGGACAUGUUAGCGUUCUUGAGUUCCGUGACAAUAGCUGGACUCACCAGAUCUUCCACGCCCACGGUAUGGGCGUGAACUCUAUCAGCUGGGCACCUGCAGCCGCCCCGGGCAGCUUGAUCAGCUCCAACCCUGGACCGGGCCAGCAGCGGAGAUUCGUCACUGGUGGAAGCGACAACCUGCUGAAGAUCUGGGACUACAACCCGGAAACCAAGACCUACAACAACACGCAGACUCUCGAAGGCCACUCCGACUGGGUUCGGGAUGUCGCUUGGUCGCCUAGCGUUCUUUCCAAGUCCUACAUCGCCUCUGCCUCUCAAGACAAGACAGUCAGGAUCUGGACUUCCGAUGCGUCAAACCCUGGUCAGUGGACCAGCCAGCAACUUGAGUUCGACACUGUACUCUGGCGAGUUAGCUGGAGCCCUAGUGGAAACAUUCUUGCUGUGAGCGGUGGCGAUAACAAGGUCAGCUUGUGGAAGGAAAACCUCAAGGGGCAAUGGGAGAAGGUAAAGGAUAUCGAGGAGUAG